AUGCCAACUCUGAUGGAAAGAGUUCAGCUUCCUCUACUCUUUAUCUUUACUUUAUCUUUCUAUUGCUUGAGAGCAGAAAGCGAGGGUGGCUUCGCUAUUUCCAAGGUGAACCAACAUUGUAGUGCUGAGGAAAGAGAAACCCUUCUUGAUUUUAAGCAAAGUCUAUCUGAUCCCAACCUCGUUCUCUCGAAUUGGGAUAUAGACGAGGAUUGUUGCACGUGGAAGGGAGUGAGUUGUAGUAAUAAAACCAAUCGGGUCAUCAAGCUCAAUUUUUCUGUUUUUCAAGAUUUAUUUUAUGCUGCAUCAUUACAUCCAUCUUUUUUUCGCUUACGACAUUUGCAAUAUUUGUGCUUCAAUAACAUUCUCUUUAAUCAAACUAGGAUCCCUCAUUCUAUUGGUUCCCUCACUAAAUUGCGCUAUCUUGAUCUCUCCCAUUCGGGGUUUGCCGGAGAAAUUCCACCUCAUAUUGGAAACUUGACAAAACUUAGAUACCUUGAUCUUAGUUAUAAUUCUCUAGUUGCUUAUAACCUCUUAUGGAUGUCACACCUCUUCUCUUUACAAUUCGUUGAAAUGUCGAAUCUAAAUCUAACAUUCGCUACGAAUUGGUUACAUGAGAUUAGUGUGCUUCCAGCUCUCUCCACUUUGCAUUUGUCAUCAUGUGGGCUACAAACACUUCCAAAUUUACUUCCAUAUUCUAAUUUUUCAUCAUCCAUUGAAUUAGUUGAUCUUAGUUACAACCAUCUUAUUGGAAGUUUUCCAAACUGGUCAGGACAAUUCAUAAGAUUAAAUGAAUUAUAUCUCGAUUCAAACUUUUUUACAGGACCUAUCUCAUUUGCCUCUUUAAGCUUAUUAUGUGAUCUCAAUCUUGGAAAUAAUCAGUUUGAUGGACUUAUUCCACACAGCCUUGGACAACUGAGUAACUUAGUUACUUUGGAUCUUGGUUCCAAUAAUUUGCAUGGUAGUCUCUCUGAAUCUCAUUUUGCAAAUCUAUCACAAUUGAUAAACCUACAACUUUCAGGUAAUCAAUUGAAUUUUAACCUGAUUAGUCCUAAUUGGACUCCGCCAUUUCAAAUUCGUUAUCUUUACCUAAGUUCUUGCCUCGUUGGUCCUCAAUUCCCGCUAUGGCUUCAAAAUCAAAAGCUCCUUUCCGUUUUUGACCUCUCCAAUUGUGGUAUUACUGAUAUCAUUCCGCAUUCCGAGUUGGUUUUGGUUGGUUUUGGAAUAUAUCAUCUCAAAUAA